CUGUUGAGCCGGAAGUCCACUGUACACACCGUCGUGCUGUUUUUGUUCAGAGACUGCAGAAGCUUUCGCUCUUCAGAUAGUGGACAUCUGGACUGUAACACCUGAGACAAUGGCUGAAGAGAAGAGUGCCUGUGCCAAAGGCUUCCACGAGACCGCCAUUCACGUGGAUGUCAAGGAAUAUUAUGGCAAUGUGCUGAAGAAGUCCUCAGACCUGAAUACCAAUGCCUGUGUGACUCCAGCCAAGCCCUACCCUGCCUUCAUCCGCCAGGCUCUGAAGAAAGUGCACCCUGAAGUCAGUGCCAGGUACUAUGGCUGUGGCCUGGUGGUACCUGAGAGCUUGGAGGGCUGCAGGAUACUGGACCUGGGCAGUGGAAGUGGCAGAGACUGCUAUAUGCUGAGUCAGCUGGUGGGCGAGAAGGGUCAUGUCACUGGCAUUGACAUGACUGAGGACCAGCUUGAAGUGGCCAGGCAACAUGUGAACUAUCACAUGAAAGAGUUUGGCUACAAAAAGCCCAAUGUCAAUUUUGUCCAGGGUUUCAUUGAGACCCUAACAGAAGCAGGUCUGGAAAAGAACUCAUUUGAUAUAAUCAUUUCCAACUGUGUGGUGAAUCUCUCUCCAGACAAGAAGCAAGUACUGGCUGAAGCCUAUGGUGUGCUCAAGGAUGGUGGUGAGCUGUACUUCAGUGACGUCUACAGCAGUGCAAGACUAACAGAGGAAAUUAAAAAUCAUAAAGUCCUGUGGGGUGAGUGUCUUGGCGGAGCACUCUGGUGGAAGGAUCUGGUGCACUUGGCUGAAGAAGUGGGUUUCACCACACCACGACUGGUUACAGCCACGAUCAUCACUGUUGACAACAAAGAACUGCAGGAUGUUCUGGGUGACUUCAAGUUUGUCUCUGCCACUUACCGCCUGUUCAAGGUGCCUAAAGGCAACACUAAGCCCUGUCGGGUCAUGUAUAAUGGGGGCAUUACUGGAGUAGAGGACAGCUUCCAGUUUGACUGUCACUACACAUUCAAGGCCAAUGAAGCGAUGGAGGUUGAUGGAGAGGUGGCCGCCAUCCUGACUCAUUCCAGAUUUUCAGAAGACUUCACCUUUCAGCAACCAGGAGGCCCAUGUGAACCCUGUGGAGUCAAACCGAAGGCAGGCGUUGUGGAUCCUAUUGAGCUAGCCCUUCAGCUGGAGAAACAAGGUCCAGGUUCAACCACUGGGGGAUGCUGCAGCACACAGUCUGCUUCCUGCUGCAAAUAAUGAUGAAAGCACUGCAAAAUGCAGAUCCAGCAUCACACUGUGUAUGCAUAUUCAAAUUUGCUUACUUGAUUGUGCCUUAUGCUGUGUUAUUAUUUGUCUCUUUUUAAUGUUUUAGAUGAGAUUUCCUGCAAAUCAAUCCUUAAUUCCACAUUGUACAACAACAUUUGCCGUGUUGAUGUUAUUGCCCACAUUUAUUUCAUUCAGUCAGUUCUUGCAAGGCUAUUUGCCAUUUGUCCAGUUCCAGAUUUCAUACCCCUGCCACUCACACCUUCAUCAGAUCUUUUCCCUCCUUUGUCUUAACAAAGGGUACUACUUUUGUUUUAGUUCCUCUGAGUUUAUUGUUUUCUUUGACAGUUAACUUGUUGAACUCGUUGAGAGUUUUUGCACCAGUGAGUUUUGAAUAGUAUUAAUCAGUAACAUUAUCAUAACAAGUAUCAUUAUGUUAGUGGUCAUGUGUUAUUUCUGCCAUAGAUCAAUAAAUACUGGCAUUUAAAUCAA